AUGAUGUCCGAUUCAUUUCCAACUUCGGCUUCCACACCACCGCCAUUUGGAAUUGUUGGUGAGUUUUUUUUUUGAAUUUUUGACGCCCUAAACCCGAAUUUAAAGGAACAUAGGCUUAUUUACAUUCAAAUUACGUCUCGAGACCCAAAUUUAAAGGAACAUGGGCUUAUUUGAUCGAAAUUUCGUCCCUAGACCGGAAUUUAAAGGAACAUAGCCUUAUUUGAUCUAAAUUUCGUCGCUAGACCCGAAUUUAAAGGAACAUAGGCUUAUUUAUAUUCAAAUUUCGCCUCGAGACUCAAAUUUAAAGGAACAUAGGCUUGUUCAUAUUCAAAUUUCCCCUCGAGAUCCAAAUUUAAAGGAACAUAGCCUUAUUUGAUCUAAAUUUCGUUCCUAGACCCGAAUUUAAAGGAACAUAGCCUUAUUUGAUCUAAAUUUCGCGUCGAGACCCAAAUUUAAAGGAACACAAACUUGUUAGAACUAAAUUUCGUCCCUAUACCCGAAUUUAAAGGAACAUAGGCUUUUUUAUAUUCAAAUUCCCAAAAAUCGAUAUUUCAGACCCGCCAGCUGGUCAAAUUCGAAAUUCUGACAGUGCAGAUGUGAUGAGUCGAAUUCCAGGUCUACCGAAAGUCGCAGAAGCCGUGUCAAAGUGAGUGUGGAUUUUUCGCGCCAAAAAUCCAUGGAGAAAAGUACAGCACAAAAAAAACGUGUUUGACAUAAUCCACUUGACAAUUAACAAACACAAAUAUUUGUUUAACAAGAAAAAAAAUAAGAAGUAGCUAACUAUGUAACUUGUUAACAGUUUUUUCUCUCUCUCAUUUCAUGCUCAUUUCGCUAAAAUCGUCUCCGGAAAUUUUGCGCAGAAAAAUGCCGGACAGAUCGGAGUCGUAUCGCAAGAGUUUGCGAUUUUUUCGAGUCAGAAAUUCGAAUUCGCGAAAAUUUGUCGAAUGUCCGCGGUGAGAGCUUCAUUUUGAGUGGAAACAAGGCUGUGUUCCUUUAAAUUUGGGUCUCGAGGCGAAAUUUGAAUAUAAACAAUCCUAUGUUCCUUUAAAUUCCAGUCUAGGGAUGAAAUUUUGAUCAAAUAAGGCUAUGUUCCUUUAAAAUCGGGUCUAGGGACGAAAUUUUGAUCAAAUAAGCCCAUGUUCCUUUAAAUUCGGGCCUCGAGACGUAAUUUGAAUGUAAACAAGGCUAUGUUCCUUUAAAUUCGGGUCUAGGGACGAAAUUUGAAUAUAAAUAAGCCUAUGUUCCUUUAAAUUCCGGUCUAGGGACGAAAUUUGAAUAUAAAUAAGCCUAUGUUCCUUUAAAUUCCGGUCUAGGGACGAAAUUUUGAUCAAAUAAGCCUAUGUUCCUUUAAAUUCGGGUCUAGGAACGAAAUUUAUAUCAAAUAAGGCCAUGUUCCUUUAAAUUCGGGUCUAGGGACGAAAUUUAGAUCAAAUAAGCCUAUGUUCCUUUAAGUUUGGGUCUCGAGACGUAGAAUGUAAACAAGCCUAUGUUCCUUUAAAUUCGGGUCUAGGGACUAAAUUUAUAUCAAAUAAGGCUAUGUUCCUUUAAUUUUGGGUCUCGAGGCGAAAUUUGAAUAUAAAUAAGCCUAUGUUCCUUUAAAUUCGAAUCUAAGGACGAAAUUCGAUCAAAUAAGGUUAUGUUCCUUUAAAUUCGGGUCUCGAGGCGAAAUUUGAAAAUAAAUAAGCCUAUGUUCCUUUAAAUUCGGGUCUCGAGACGUAAUUUGAAAAUAAAUAAGCCUAUGUUCCUUUAAAUUUGGGUCUCGAGACGUAAUUUGAAUGUAAAUAAGCCUAUGUUCCUUUAAAUUUACUUGGGUCUCACCCCGAAGUAUUUUUCCCCGCCAAAUUCAAAUUUUCUUCUUCCAGCAUCGAUACCGCGCAAGUUGCCGCCAAAGUGGAUAAAUUCAAAAAAUGGACAAUUGGCACGUUCAAAAAUUCGAAACAACAACUUUUGGAGCAAAUGGGAAAAAUCGAGAAAACUCAAGAUCCCGAAUUCGAGGCACAAUGUGAACAAUUAAAGGAUAUUCAUAGAAGAUAUGGUCAAAUUGUGGUGGCUUCCAAGAAUUUCAGCAAUAUUUUAGCGCAAAUGGCUGAAGCUGAAAAACAACUCUCCGAAUCGUUCUAUCAAUUAUCGCUGAAAGAAGAAGCAUUGAAGGUGAGUAUUUUAUUUAAAAAUAGUCGGAAACCAUUUUUGCCACGUCAUAACUCACAGGCUCAAUGCACAACAACAUCCGAGACAAUGCGCGGAGUUGGAGAACAGGCGAGCUCUUUGGACACGUGUCUUCGAUUUUUCAUCUCUUCUAUGGAGACGGUGUAUAAUCAGACGAUUACUGACACGUUGCACACGAUUUAUUCGACAGAAUCGGUGAGAUUUUGGGGAUUUUCGGGGUUGACACGAAAUUUGGAGCAUUUUGAGUGUAAAUAUGACUAUGUUCCUUUAAUUUUGGGUCUUGUAACGAGAGUUUAAAGGAACAUAGCCAUAUUUAUAUUCAAGCUAUGUUCCUUUAAAUUCCGGUCUCGAUGCGAAAUUUGAUGCAUUUUGAAUGUAAAAAAGCCUAUGUUCCUUUAAUUUUUGGUCUUGUAACGAGAAAUGGAAUGAAAGGAACAUAUUUACAUUUAAAAUGCAUCAAAUGUCGCAUUGAGACCGGAAUUUAAAGGAACAUGGAGCAUUUUGAGCAGAAAUUAGCACAUGUUCCUUUAAAUUCUGGUCUUGAGACUCAAAAUGCGCCAAAUUUAGGUUUUUUACUAGCUCCUUGAACAUUUUACCUUUUCUUCUUGAAAAAUGCUCUUUCUCCUAGGCUCGCAUCGAAUACGACGUGGAUCGCAACGAGAUCUCAUCAGCUCAAGAAUCGCCAAACUCGAAAACUCUUCCAGCCGGCGCCACCGAAAAAUGUCAAGAAAAACGUGAAAAAUACGAAAAUCUCAAAAAAGAUGUGCGAAUCAAAAUGCGAUUAUUGGAAGAGAAUCGAAUUUCGGUCGUCGCCUCUCAACUCGAAAAACUCCAAACCGCCUUAGCCGCCUAUUAUUCGGGAAAUGCGAAAUUGCUCGAAAAAUCGGUUCGAGACCUCAAUUCGAUUCAAAUACCUCAACCUAGUUUUAUUCCGAAUUCCAAUAAUUUUAUGUAA